CCGAUUGGCCUUUCAUCCUUGUCAAUCAUUGUUGUCACCGCCCUCUGAUAAUGCAGCAUGGGCGAAAAUACCAGAACCAAAAGCUACAGCUGAGGAAGCAGACCGCUCUACUGUUAACGUUUUUGGACGAUUGAACGAAAGUGAUGUUCCAACAAUGCCGAUAGUGGAUAAACUCAAGGAGGCAUUAAAACCUGGUCGAAAGGAGACGGGUGAUGAGGGUGACCUCAACAAACUGUUGGCCUCUUCGGCCAAGAAGGUCCUCUUGCAGAAGAUUGAGUUUGAGCCCGCAAGCAAAGGUUUCUCAUAUCAACUGGACAGCCUGAAGAACAAGUAUGUGAUCCUCAAUCCCCGGAAUGAGGGCGCUACGGGCCAGAAGGCCACAGAGCCUGCCCAAAUAAAGAGGCAAGUCUCAGAGAACUUAGUUGGGGGCCAGAGCGAUGGGAUCCCUGGCCCACAGAAGAUGCUCUUUCCAUGGAACAAGCUUACCCUUAAAUGGGAGCGCGUGUACAGGGUGGGAGCCGGUCUCCACAACCUAGGGAACACCUGCUUCCUCAACUCCACAGUGCAGUGUCUCACCUACACCCCACCACUUGCCAACUACUUACUCUCAAAGGAGCACAGCCGUGCCUGUCACCAGUCAGGCUUUUGUAUGAUCUGUAUAAUGCAGAACCAUAUCAUCCAAGCCUUUGCCAACACAGGCAAUGCCAUCAAGCCUGUCUCCUUCAUCAGAGACCUGAAAAAAAUUGCCAGACAUUUUCGCUUUGGAAGCCAAGAGGAUGCCCAUGAAUUUUUGCGGUACACCAUCGAUGCCAUGCAGAAAGCAUGUCUCAAUGGCUACCCUAAGCUUGACAGGCAGACCCAGGCCACGACGCUGGUUCACCAGAUCUUUGGAGGUUACCUCAGGUCAAGAGUGAAAUGCUCUAUUUGUAAAAGUGUGUCGGACACGUAUGACCCUUACCUCGACAUCGCUGUGGAGAUUCGGCAAGCAGCAAACAUUGUGCGAGCCCUGGAACUGUUUGUUAAACCAGACGUACUCUGUGGAGAGAAUGCCUACAUGUGUGCCAAGUGUAAAAAGAAAGUGCCAGCGACCAAGCGCUUUACAAUCCAUCGGACGUCUAACGUACUGACUGUUUCCCUGAAGAGGUUCGCCAACUUCAGCGGAGGAAAAAUAACAAAGGAUGUUGGUUACCCAGAAUUUCUGAACAUCCGCCCCUACAUGUCUCAGAACUCAGGCGAUCCCAUUAUGUACGGCCUCUAUGCUGUUCUGGUGCACUCUGGCUACAGUUGUCACGCUGGCCACUACUACUGCUAUGUCAAGGCAAGCAACGGGCAAUGGUACCAAAUGAAUGAUUCAAUGGUUCACUCGAGUAACAUCAAAGUGGUCUUGAACCAGCAAGCUUACGUGCUUUUCUACCUGAGGAUCCCUGAAACCAAGAAGAAUGCAGAUGGACAGACCACCAAGCAGGCGAUGUUGCAUCCUGGGAAGAACAGUGUGUCAUCAGAACAGAUAAAGAGGGCCAACCUGAACGGGCCUCUCUCGUCCCCGCAGGUCACAAAGAAACUUGAGCCUGCACAACUGCGCAAGAUCCAGUCUAUGGAUGGCGGUUUGGGCCUGCCCAUUUCCAGGAACGGUGUGAGCUCUCAGCCGAUGCCCAGACUUUCCAACUGGUCGUCGUCCUCCAACGGCCCACCGAAGCUGCCCGGUGGACCCACGGUUAUCGAGGAGCCUUUCAAGAAGCUGAAGAAGCCGUCUCCGCAGAGCCAAGUGCAGUCCCGCAGCAGCACGCCGACCCCUUUCAACAACGGGGUCAGCAGGACGGAGGGAGAUAAAAAGCAAGGCGGGGAGGGCAGAGGCAUGUCAGCGUCUACCUCAUUUAAGUCUUUGUCUGACUCUUCCUCUGCCGACACAUCUGACUCGAAGGAUUCCGUGGGUACCAAAAGUGCGCCAGUAGGAGAGACUCCCUCCACCCCGCGGAAAGGCUCCAAUGGCCUGGCGUCUCCGGCCAAGAGCGUGGAGCGCUCUCAGAGCACAGAGGAGCAGAAGACGGCGAAAAUAAAACCCCCGGCACUCAACAACAUCACGUCUGAAGCCACCAGCGCCAUGUCGCCUCCACCUGCCAAGAAACUGGCCCUGUCAGCCAAGAAGGCUCGCAGCCGGAGACCGAGCAGCAUUGAUGCUCUGCCCCCUUUGCCACGCCAGCUGUCCAGUGACCCCACGCAUCAAAAUCAACUUAACCCCCUCACCUUUGCCUCACCUACUCACAUUCCCAGAGCUGGUCCAUUCCAUUCACCUAAAGUCCACUCAUCGCCUUUUGCCCACUCAAGUGGAUGCUUCAAACAGCAGAGCCCUCAGAAACAGUCCCUUCUCUCCACACCUCAAAAAACAAACGCCAGCCUUUCUCUUAAAACAAACGGGCUUCACAGUGCCGGCCCAAAGAGCCCCAAGUCUUCCAACAACCUCAGCUCCUUGGUCCAAGAACCAGACCUCGACAGCGCUACAGCUCCCAAGGUCAACCAAAAGAAGAAGAAGAAAAAGAAGCGGCGGCAUUCUGAGGUGGAGGGCGACGCAGAGCCAGCGGCAUCCGCAGCUACAGUGACGCAAGCCGACCCCGUGGAAUCAGCCAGCGAGAAGAAGCGAAAGAAGAAAAAGAAAAAGCGAAAGAAGGAGCAUGAAGAUGGAGAGGAAGCUAAGGAGAGGGAGUGCGUCCCGUCUCACCUGGACACAUCAAGCCAGGAAGAGGAUUGGUGCCAGGGUGGCAUGUGGAGUCUUACAUCCCAUCCAGAUACAGAACAGUCUGAACAAAAGCCUCAGUUAGCUGCCAAAACCCCAACGCUUUGCGAGUCAAAUCAGGAAGAACAGGGAAGGGACUCUGUAAAGUUGUUGAAGAAGAAGAAGAAGAAGAAGAAAAAGAAGAUGCAGCUGGACGAGGCUCUGCAGGAUGAAACUUCAGCGUGCUCUGCACCAGAGAGCACUUCUGAGGUGAAGGCCGCAGUCAUUCAGAAUGAUACAGGAGAAAUGCUAAUGUUGAAAAAGAAAUUAAAGGUGAAGAAGAAGAAGAGGCUAAAAGAAGAGGUGAGAAUGUGGGAGGAGAGCCGGCGCUGCUCCAACGGACAGAACGACGAGGCCGAAGAAGUAGAACCCCCUUCCAGCAAGAACACGACGGAGAACGGCAAAAUAAGUAGACAAAGCGCAGCCACGGUGGUAGUGUGGGACAGCCAUGUGAAGGACGGCUACAAACGCAGCCAGGCGCCAGCGGCUGAUGGAGAAGAGUCGGGAGACGCCCCGACCCGUGCUGCUCCUGUAGCCUGGGACGGGAAAAAGACAAGCGGGGUGGUAGAGGAGCUGCUCAAGAACGCCACAGAUAAGGCCUAUGGAGCCAACGUCCUCAGUUGGGAUGGAGAGGUCUCCGCUAUUAGUAGAGAUGCUGCCGAUGAUGUCCGCAACGCCAUGUGUGACACUGUGAUCGACGAGUGGGAUGAAGACUUUGACAGGGGAAAGGUGAAGAAAAUGAAAAACUAUAAAAGAGAGAAGUGGAGAAGUGGCAGCAGCAUCUUCCAGAAGAUCCAGGACAGGCGGAGCAAGUGGUCUGUAACACCAGGAGGGAAGAGAGGUUUUGGAGUCCGUCGCUGAGAGUCCAGAUUUGCUGUUGAGGUCAUGCUGACUGGAUAUCAAGACAACAAUACUGUAUACCAAACUUCUGUACCCUUUUUUCCUCUCACUUGUUUUUUAAUCUCUCUGUCUUGUGUUGAGACCCAAAUUCCUGAAUUAGAUGAGUUAAUUUCAAACGCAGCACAGACUACCUUGACAAGUCUCAAUCUCAAUUUUAAACAAACCUGAAAUGUUGGCUUCAGUAAUGACAAAUCCCCUUUUAAUCCAAAUACAACAGUGAGUGGCUCAAGCCUUUCUAUGCAUGCAGGAUGUAACAGAAACCCCUACACCUUCAUGGAAAAUGAAUAUGAAAAGGAAUAUUUUGGCCUCCUUUUUAUAGCCUUUGUUAUUAAAACCCAACAAUCUUGAGCUACUAUGAAAUGACCAUAUUUGGGACGGGUAGGUAUUGUUCUUGUCUUGUAUUGGAAAUUGUCUCAGAGCAUGCUUUUGCAGACAUAAGGGCUCAGUUAGUUGGACAUUUUUAAACCUUCUCCUGGAAGUAUUCUAUACCAAAUUACAAAGAUCCAAAAUUCUUUAUUAAUUAGAAACUUAUAUAUCAUUUUAGAUUUUUAUGAUUUUCCUGUUUUAUACCUUUAUCGGCCGACAUUUUAUUUUUGCUGCCGUGUCUGUGCCACGUGGCUUGUUUUUAAGGACCAUAUUUUGCCUGCAUAUUGUUGGUAAAAUUGAGCUCUAAAAUUGCCACUACUUUCUAAAUAUGCAUGUCUAAAUCGGUUCAAAAGAUUUACGAAAGGUGAAUUUUGUUUUUAGUUGUUCUAGCUUUUGGUUAUAUACCUUCUUUUUUUUUUUUUUUUUUUUUUUUUUUUGCUCCUUCCCGCUCAUUUUAGAUUUAAUGUGGAUACAUUUUCGGGCCACAGAAAAAUGCUCUGCAGAAUACCGUUUGUGGUCGUGUUGACUUUGAAGAACAAUGUAUUGGAUGCUAUAAAUAUCACCACACCUCCUGUUUAUCUGGAUGUUAUUGUUUUCCGACAACUCGUAGUGCAACGUGCAUGUUGCGGAAUAGAAAUUGGGGUUGUUGGCAGGAACGGUCGUCAGCCCAGCGUUCAGAAGCUCUGUGUGGAGAUUUGACCUUUUCACAGACUGUUCUUCACCAAUGUCCUGAAAUAAAAGGGGUUACAUUUUAUACUUGAGGCACUGUGUUAUAAUGGGACUGCCACAUGCUAAUAAUUUAUUUCCCCCUUGUAUCUUAUAUCUCUAUGCAAUUUUCUGAUGCUCAUGCUGGUCACCUAGAAACUGGGCCAAGUCUCAGGAACCCAGACAACCUGUAUCUCAUCUUCAUCUCUGAUCAGACCCCUCCCCCCCGUUUCAUAUCGGAGUAGAACCACAAUUGUUUUGCAUCCUGUACAUCCUGUAGAAAUUGUUUUAUACAAAGUAUUUCAGGUGUGGAAACCAUGGGAUCAUCUUGCACCAAUCCUGACACAGAUGCGUAGAGAAACUAGCGUUAUAACAAAAAUGCUUUGCCAGCGUAGAAGCCUGUACAGUCCAUCUUGUGCUACCCAUUUCCCUCCCAACGCUGUAAAGAUUUGCCCACGCAUUUCUUUUCAUUCUAGAGAUGUUGCCUUGAAUUGGCUAUUAAAAAAAAAAAAGUAUAGGAUUUAAUGUUAUAAAUAAUUUAAAGAAGAAAAGACACAGAUCUUUAAUGUGCUACUAAUACUCAAUCAGUUGGUGGAUGUUGACUUGAGAAAUUAUCUGCAAAUGUGUUAGCUCAUUUGUGUGUAAAGAGAGUUGGAUGUCUUCAUGCAAGGCCUCCCCCAUGUCACUGUAGUGUGUGUGUGUGUACAGUACAAGAGACUACGACGGUCUAAUUUCCAUAGGACGUGUUUGUCGGCUGUGAAAUCGACAGAGGGUGUGACUCUCAAACUGACGGAGAGGAACAUUUACCAGUGUGAACGGACGGUCCACAUGUUUGCAUUGACGGCUCUAUAUUUUGCACCACUUUUUCUGACCAGGGAAGAUACCUUUCAUACUGAAAGUGGCUCUUACCACACUAUAGUUAACUAAAGGUGCAAUAAAGUUGUGACUUUUGUGA